AUGCCAAUAAAAGAGACUCACUUCAUCCUUGGCCACCCCAAGAAGGGGCACAACCACUCAUACAUCACAACUGAAGAGGCUGCAGGGAUUGGAAUUCUGACAGUAGUCCUGGGAAUUUUGCUGCUCAUUGGCUGCUGGUAUUGUAGAAGACGAAGUGGAUACAGAAGCUUGAGGGAUAAAAGCAUUCACCCUGGCACUCGAAGUACCUUAACAGGGAGAUGUCCACAUGAGGGAUUUGGUCACCAGGACAGCAAACUGACUUUUCAAGAGAAUAACUGUGAACCUUUGCUUCCCAAUGCUCUACCUGCCUAUGAGAGAGUCUCUGCAGAACAGGCACCACCACCUUAUUCCUUGUGA